AUGAUCCAAAGCUGCAGACCCUCCAGCCCUGCCCUGGCCGCUAUCCUGUUGGCCGUGCUGCUGGGCGGCCCCGCGCUGGCCUCGGAGAUCGUGGGGGGCCGGCCGGCCAGGCCGCACGCGUGGCCCUUCAUGGCGUCCCUGCAGAGGCGCGGACGCCACUUCUGCGGCGCCACCCUGAUCGCGCGGAACUUCGUGCUGUCGGCAGCGCACUGUGUGAACGGCCUGAACUCCCGAUCGGUGCGCGUGGUGCUGGGGGCACAUAACCUGCGGCGGCGAGAGCGGACCCGGCAGACGUUCAGGGUCCAGCGGGUCUUCGAAAACGGCUUCAACCCCUUGAGACUGCAGAACGACAUCGCGGUUCUCCAGCUCCGUGGGAUGGCCACCAUCAACACCAACGUGCAGGUGGCCCAGCUGCCCGCCCAGGACCAAGGCGUGGGAGAAGGGGUGCAGUGUGUGGCCAUGGGCUGGGGCCAGCUGGACACGAACCGGCCACCGCCCCCAGUCCUGCAGCAGCUCAACGUCACCGUGGUGACAGCCCUCUGCCGCCCCUCCAACGUGUGCACCCUGGUGCCAGGCCAGCAUGCUGGAAUCUGCUUUGGGGACUCCGGCGGGCCCCUGGUCUGCAACAGGCUGAUCCAUGGGAUCGAUUCCUUCAUCCGAGGGGGCUGCGGCUCCGGGAUCUUCCCAGACACCUUUGCCUCCGUCGCCAAGUUUGCAGACUGGAUCAACUCCACCAUCCGCCGCUACGGUGACGUUGACGGCCCUCUCCACCCUAGGGACGCUGCGGGCAGGACCUGCUAGAAGGGGCUUCUCCUGUCACCCUACCUGACCUGCCCCUGGCUGGGCCCUUCCCAUGCAGCAUCAUGUGGCAUCUAGCACAAUAAAAACAUUCCGUUUUGUA